AUGGCGCGGAUCAGGAGCAUGCGCGCCCUCGCGCUGGUGGCGGCCGCCGUGGUCAUCGCGGCGGCGGCGCGCGCCGCGGCGCGGGUGCCGGACUACCACCCCUCGACCUUCACGGUGACGGGCAAGGUGCAGUGCCAGGACUGCACCACGAACUGGAACGCCUACGCCUACAACGCCAGGCCAAUCCCAGGCAGCGUGGUGGGCAUCACGUGCGUGGACGACAGGGGGCGGGUGGUGCACCACGGCUCGGACGCGACGGACGGCCAGGGCGUGUUCAACAUCGAGGUGCCCAGCAAGGUGAACGGCGUCGACCUCGCCCCCUCCCGGUGCCUCGUCCGCCUCGCCUCCUCGGGCGACGCCGGCUGCGCCGUCUUCACCGACUUCAACCGCGGCAAGACCGGCCAGAAGCCGUCCCGCCGCACGCACUUCAGCCCCCACAAGGCCACCUACGCCGUCGGGCCGUACUACUGCACCCUGCAGCGGUGCGACGUCAAGGGCGACGACGACGCCUGCAGCUACUGAUGUGUCCCGCCGCGCCGCUGGCCGCCGGUCGACGCCGCCGAGCGUGCGUGUUCGCGGUGGUUUGUAAGCAUUUUGCGUUUCAAGAUCUUCUUCUUUUGUUUUUUUUCUCCCUUCUGAGUUGAAGUCCCCCUUUGGAAAAGUGGAUGAUGCGUUGAAUUGCUACUGUGUUAUUGAUUUGCACGUAGAGGGAUCACGUUGUCCUGUCUGUAACAUGCUCUGUGUAACUGCUGCUGCUGCUGCUGCUACUGCCCACUGGUUGGUUACUGCUUUAUUUUGACCCCGAACGCUUGUGUUUUGCCUGAA